AUGUUCAAUAUUCCAAACAUGCCAAAAGAUUUUCGUGCAGUAAUGAAACAUUUAAAAAGAAAUAAUCCAACAUUACUCGGAGGAAAUCAAUUUUUUCUUUGUCCUUCAUGUGGCAAUAAAUGUGUAAAUGGUUCAAAAUGUGAUCUGACUAGAUGUCAGCCAUCGAAUUCUUCUGUACGAACUCCAAUAUCAGUUGUCGUUUUUCCUUUAGCACCACAAAUUCGUUCAAUUCUUGAACGAGAAACUGUUAUCAUGCCAACUUAUGAAUUAAAUCAAUGUGACGAUUUAGCAAACUCUCAACGUGCUCAGGAAAUAGCAAUUAAAGAAAAGCAAAAUAAUCGUGUAAGAAAUAAUGUAACUCUCACGUUGAACACUGACGGAGUCCUUCUCAAACGAAUAUCUCGAUCGAUAUGGGUUACAUGUGCUUGUAUAAAUGAGUUACCUCGAAAAAAACGUUACGAUAUUAACAAUAUGCUAAUAUGUUCUGUAUCUACUGGAGAUGAAAAACCGAAGAAAGAUGAAUACUCAACAAUAUUACAAGAUAUUGUGAAUGAGUUAAGAUUUCUUGAACAAGUUGGUUUUGAUGUUUUACUUCCAUUAACUGUCAAAACUAAUAAUAGAACUUACACGCAUUUCCAUGCUUUUACUAUUGCAGCAGUGUGUGAUAAACCCGCGCAAGCAAUCAUGAUGAAUAUUAAAGAUCCUACAGGUUUCUUCAGCUGUGGUUGGUGCUGCAUACCAGCAAAAGAUCCAUCAAAAGAUAGAGCAUGUGGGCAUGCUGGUCCUUGUGCUUUACGUCAAUUAUCUUAUUUUGAAAUUGGCAGCAGUUUUUGUUUUGAUUCUCUACAUGGUUUAUAUGCUGGAGUAUUCAAAAAGUUAAUGCAUUUAUGGUUGGAUACAGUUAGAGUAGAUUAUUCAAUUAAGAAACAAUUUUCUCGCUUAGAGGAAUUAUUGAAAUGUAUCCGUUAUCCAACUACCAAUAGAUUACCGCGUGCGCUAAAGUAUUACACAACGUGGAAAGCUAAUGAAUAUAGAAUGACACUACUGUUCGGAUAUAAAUCAUUUGAACAAGUGAUGAAAAAGAAAUAUUAUGAGCACUUUCGAUUAUUAGUCUAUGCAGCUAUUUUCUCGGAAACAAGAAUAUUAACGACUACUCGUUUGGAUCAUAUCAAGCAUCUUUUAAAUAAAUUUCUUGAUGAGUUUCCUGCAUUAUACGGAGCGUCUAAUUCUGUAUCAAUUGUACAUUCGCUCUCACAUAUUCAUCAAUCCUUAGUCAAAUUUGGUCCUAUUCAUAAUUACAGCACUUUCAACUUUGAAAGUACAGUUGGAUCAUUUGUAAAAUCUAUACAUGGACCAUCUUUUAUCUUAAAACAAUUGAUCAACAAUUUCGAACAUCAAUCUUAUGCAACAACUAUUUUAAAAAAUCCUGCUUUCCAUCCAAAAAUUGCAUUAUUGAUUCAUCAAAUAUUUUCAUCUAAGCGACGUGCUAUACCGACAUCUCUAAUGUCACACAAUGUGGUCUGUUUAUCUCGUUCAACAGUUUCUGCAUUUCCACAUGUCACUGAAUAUCUUGAAAACAUAUACACAAAAGAUCAAUACACCCAUCAUUCAACAUGCUUCUAUCAAAAUGUCGCUUUCGCAGUUCACCAUUCAAAACAUACACAAGUGGAUAAUUCGGCUGUUAUAUACUUCGAUCAUUUCAAUAAUCUUCAUAUUGGAAUAAUUAUGGGUAUAAUACAAUUAAAAACAACCAAAGAUAUCAUAUUCAUCAUUGAUAAAGCAGAAAUCGUAGGUUUUGAUACCUUUUCUCUUGAUCAAAUUGAAUAUGUUAAUGACUUUCUUGUUUAUGCUAAACAUUCAAAUCCACCUACUAUUGUUUCAAUCGGCUACAAAACCAUCAAAGAAAAAGUUGCUUACCGGAAAGAUCCAAAAGUGAAAACAUCUACUGAGUUUUACAUAUUUCCCAAUUUAGUAGAGGACACGUGA